AUGUCGAGGGAGAUUUCUAAGAAACGGACAAUUGAUGGGGAAGUUAAGACACCAGAUGCUGUAUCGUAUACGUUGUAUGUGAACAACCUCAAUGAUAAAAUCCAGCUGGCGACGUUGAAACAUAAUCUCUACGUAUAUUUUUCUACUUACGGAGAUAUCAUAGACAUAGUUAUGAAGGCGCAAGGGAAAAUGAGAGGACAGGCUCAUAUAAUUUUUGCCAAUGUUAUGCAUGCUACUAAUGCGAUGAAAUCAUUGCAAGGGAAGCCAUUUUUUGAAAAAGAUCUACACAUUGAGUACUCUUUGAAAAAGUCGAAAAUAAUAUCUAAUUUGGAAAAUGAUCAAGAGGACUAA